AUGACAAUUGACUUUUCACUGUACUUGGUAACAGGCCGGGAGCUGCUGCCACCAGGAAAGGAAUACCUAGAAUCCUUGGAAGAGGCCUUGCAAGGCGGCGUAACCGUUGUUCAGAUCCGAGAAAAAAGGUCUGAUACACUCGAAUUCUUAGAAAUCGCACGACAGUCAAAGAUCCUAUGUGCAAAAUACAAGGUCCCCCUCAUCAUCAAUGACCGGAUUGAUAUCGCGCUGGCCGUCCAAGCCGAUGGUGUGCAUCUGGGGCAAACAGACAUGCCCGUUCAUAUCGCAAAAACUUUGCUCCCUGCGGGUACUGUGAUCGGUGUCUCUUGCGAAAAUUCAGACCAUGUGAAGAAAGCAAUAGAGGACGAAGUUGAUUAUAUUGGCAUCGGUGCCGUCUGGGGUACGACAACUAAGAAGCUUACCAGCCCUGUCAUUGGCGUCAGAGGGGUUGGCUCACUGCUCCAGGCCUUGGAUCGCACAAACAUCAAGGCCGUUGCAAUCGGGGGAAUAAAUUCCACUAACGUCCUGAGAACCUUACAUGGAUCUGUAUCAACCUCUGGGCACAGAUUGGAUGGUAUCGCUGUGGUCUCGGAUAUUGUGGCAUCAUCAACACCACGUUCCGCUGCCCAAAGAUUAAGGGAUAUCCUCGAUGCGUGGGUUCACCAUUUUGAUGCGCAGAGUCGAGUGACACCAGUGUACAAUGUGGGGAACAUCAAGAACGGCGUUGUUGAACUUAUGCAGGUGAUACGGGACAAGCAUCCACUGAUCCAUCAAAUCACAAAUGUCGUAGUCACGAACCAAUCCGCGAAUGCUACCUUAGCCUUGGGUGCAAGUCCAAUCAUGGCUACUGCGCCUGAAGAGAUGUAUGAUCUUAGCCGCAUUCCGGGUGGUUUGCUCAUAAACUUUGGCACCAUCACCAACAAAGGUAGCAUGAUUCUUGCAGGGCAAUACGCAAACGAAGCACAAAAACCCGUAGUUUUCGAUCCUGUUGGAGUAGGCGCUACUCAAUUCAGGAAAACAACAGCUUCAGAACUCUUGAAUGCAUGGCAAGCUAGCGUUAUCAAAGGAAACGCUGGCGAAAUGGCUUCUCUCGCUAACUCAAACGAAGUACAAGCUAAAGGGGUUGAUAGUGUUGGUUCUGGGUUCGCAGAUCCGGCAUCUUUUAUUCGUGAGAUAGCCAAGAAAGAACGUUGCGUCGCUGUCAUGACAGGACCGACAGACUGGGUGUCCGAUGGUGUCAUUGUGGUUAAGUUGGAGAACGGCAAUAAAAUGCUCGGUGACAUCACGGGGUCUGGAUGCCUUGUUGGCACCUGCGUUGCUACGUUUUGUGCUGGUGCCUCACUUAUGGCCGCUGCCCCUGGAACAAGCCCUGGCCCUGAGCUCGCGAAGCUCGUCAGGGGAAACAUGUUGAUAGGCGCUGUCGGUGGUGUUCUGGCUCUAACGGUAGCAGCCGAGUGUGCAGCAGAAAGAAGCGACGUUCAUGGAUCUGGAACAUUCCUCCCAGCCCUUAUAGAUGAGUUGUACAACUUGAAGCCUGAGACUCUGCUAUCUAGGGCAAAAGUUCAAGUAUUGUGA